CUGAUUGGAUUCAUCGUGGUGAUCUUCGUUGUGGAGGUGGCAAACAGCCUGUUCAGUCAUUCGCUGAACGCGUACGGCAUAGUCCCCCGGACCACUGGCGGUCUAAUCGGCAUACCACUCAGCCCGUUGUUACACGGCGGCUUUCUGCAUGUUCAGUCCAAUGCAGUGGGCCUCUUGGCGCUGGGGGGAUUGGCAGCCAUCAGCUCGGGAAAGCGAUUUCCCUUGGUGCUAGUGACGAUCACCUUGGUAGGCGGCAUGGGGGUUUGGCUGGUGGGCAGGUCGGCCACCCACGUUGGGGCCAGCGGGCUGGUUUUCGGAUUCUUCGGAUAUCUUCUGGUCAAGGGACUGGUCGACCGUAGUAUUCUGUCGGUUCUGGUGGCCAUUGUCGUCGCGGGAGUAUUCGGCCUUGCGAUUUUGUCUGGCAUCCUGCCCACCCGCGGCUACGUAUCCUGGGAGGGGCACCUGUGCGGGCUGGUGGCUGGAGGGCUGGUGGCGAUGAUGAUGCGAAAGCAAAGGGGAUCCGGGAGGCAGGGAAGUAACCCAGGGCCGGGAAUGUAG